AUGGGCCUCUUUGACCUGAUACAGCGGCUAAACGUCCGCUUCAAGCUGCUUGACAAAGCAAUCCACAUAAUCCCAUAUAUCUCUUUUCUUUCUGUUCUUGCAGGCUUUGCCAUCUUGCUUAGCUUGCCUAUGGAAGGAGUCUACAGAAACACAUACAUUUCCGAAAACGCUCUCCUACCGGCUCAGGCCCAAACAUACUUUCGCGAGUCCGAAUGGAAUAUUGUGCGCGGUUACCGUAAAGAAGUUCAUCAAUUGGAGCAUGUUUCUCCUCAAGAGCGUACACAAACCUUGCGUACUUGGUUUGACGACAUUGGGCUCAAAACUUCCUUCCACAACUGGGACAUUUCUUACGGCGCAGAAAACAAAUCUGGAACAAAUGUUUACGGCAUUCUUCAUGCCCCACGCGGUGAAAAUACAGAAGCAAUGGUCCUUGUUGCCCCUUGUAUUAACAAAGACGGAGAUUAUAACGAUGGCGGUGUGGCUCUUGUUGCUGCGCUUGCUCGCUACUUAAAAAAAUGGUCUGUAUGGUCCAAAAACAUCAUCUUUGUCGUCACCUCAGAUUCCCAUUUUUCUAUGCGCUCUUGGGUCUCGGAUUAUCAUACUUCUAUGGCAAACACUGCUGGCUCUAUUGAAGCUGCAAUUGUUCUUGACUACCCUGCUAAAUCAGAUUACUUUGACGAAAUUGAAAUCACAUACGAAGGUCUCAAUGGUCAACUUCCUAACCUUGAUCUCUUCAACACAGCUGUCCUAAUUGCCGGCCAUGAAAAUCUCAGAACUGUUGUUCAAAACAUGAACACAGUCAAUUAUCUUCACUAUAUAACCCGUGCAAAAAUCCUCUUUCGCGGAAUUUUGGCACAACUUUCCGCUGGCUUGGGUCCUGGCCCAGGCUCUGAGACUUUUAGCGGCUGGAGAAUCAACGCAAUCACGCUCCGUGCCCGAGGGUCUAAGGGCCCCGCUGACAUCACCACUUUUGGCCGUGUGGCUGAAUCCACUUUGCGUUCUAUCAACAAUCUUCUCGAGCACUUCCAUCAGUCCUUCUUUUUCUUCCUCUUGCUUUCCCCCCGCAAUUUUGUCAGCAUUGGAACAUACCUCCCGGCAGCAAUUGCACUCGCCAUAUCAUACCCCCUUAUGGCCACGUACAACAUUGCCACAGCGAAGAUUUCUCUCGGGUCCUCUAAAUUAAUCUCCAAUUUUUGGAAAAACGCUACAUACACACAAAUUGCUGUCCUUGCGCCUUCUCUUUUGCUUGCCAUAAUAUACGCUACCUCCAUCAUCAUAGGAUACCUCUCACUCAAUACAUUUUCCACAAGCACUGUUGUAUUCUCCACCCAUGCUAUAAUAGCCAUGCACACAAUCAUCACUUUUGCAGUGAUUGCCCGUUCAAUGAAAAAGAAAUCGGCUCAAGGCCCAACACCCCCUACUGCUUUAGAACUUUUCCAUGCACGCUACAUUCCACUUCUCCCGGCACCAGUUCUAGCUUAUACCCGUGCAUAUGCCAUGAUUUUCCACGGCCUAAUUCUCACAACCCUCUCAAUGCUCAACUUUUCUCUCAGUAUCCUUGUGGGUGCUGCAACUUUCCCCCUCGUCUACAUUAGCUCGCGGUAUCCUGUAAGUGCCGCUGUCUCGCUGUACCUAACAUCGCCAUGGAUCUGGCUCGUCGUCAUCUCUACACUCACAAAUGCCGCUCUUGGCAAUAACACUAAGCCAACAGUACUAGAUCCAAGCUCUCUUGCCAGUCUUGUGGCCCCACUCGACCAGAUUAUUGAAAACCUGCUGUGGGCAUGGCGCGGCAUGGAUGUCUGGACUUGGGGAAUUAUUGUGGGUUUUUGGCUGCCAUUCUGGCUUGUUGGAUUAGCUGUCGCCCUUAUGGAUUCAGGCGAAGAUACUCCUACACCUCCUACAACCAAAGAAAAAAAGAGUGAAUGA